UUAGUGACGAUGGCAGCACAAGUUCUUCUUUGAGUAGUUUUUAUUACACCAAAAUGUCAGACAUCGAUAACUGGAUCGACGUAGCAAAACAAUGCAAAUAUUUGCCUGAAAAUGAUCUUAAGAAACUUUGUGACAUUGUGUGUGAUUUAUUGCUGGAGGAGUCCAAUAUUCAGCCAGUAUCAACUCCGGUAACUGUUUGUGGUGAUAUUCAUGGACAGUUUUAUGAUUUGGAAGAGUUAUUCCGGAAUGGAGGACCAGUGCCUGACACUAAUUAUAUAUUUAUGGGAGAUUUUGUAGACAGAGGAUACUACAGUUUAGAAACCUUCACACGACUGUUAACUCUCAAAGCUAAAUGGUCUGAUAGAAUAACAUUAUUACGUGGAAAUCAUGAAUCACGACAAAUUACACAAGUUUAUGGAUUUUACGAUGAAUGUGAAAUGAAGUAUGGCAAUGCGAAUCCAUGGAAAUAUUGUUGCAGAGUAUUUGAUUUACUUACUGUGGCUGCCUUGAUCGAUGAACGAGUACUUUGUGUACAUGGUGGUUUAUCUCCAGCUAUUCGAACGUUGGAUCAAAUUAGAACGAUUGAAAGGAAUCAAGAAAUUCCUCAUAAAGGAGCUUUUUGUGACUUAUUAUGGUCGGAUCCAGAAGACGUUGAUGCAUGGGCCGUAAGUCCACGUGGUGCCGGUUGGUUAUUUGGGAGUAAAGUAACUCAUAAAUUUAUGGAAAUAAAUGAUUUAGAACUUAUAUGCAGAGCUCAUCAAUUGGUGCAUGAAGGAUAUAGGUACAUGUUUGACGAUAAACUUGUGACAGUAUGGUCAGCACCUAAUUAUUGUUAUCGUUGCGGAAAUGUAGCUAGUAUAUUGAAUUUUACAAGUGUUGAUCAAAGAAGUACAAUAUUAUUUCAAGCUGUGCCAGAUUCAGAAAGAGUUAUACCGUCUUUAACCAUUACUCCGUAUUUUUUGUGAUCAUUUAUAGAAUAUCGGUUUUUGGAAUAGAAAAUAAUGUACUUGGAAUCAUGAUCUAAUUCAUUAUCAAUUCUCUUACUGAUCAAUGAAUUCUGCUAAUUGUAAUGUUGAUUUCAAUCAUGAAGAAGUAGAUAAGGCAAGAUCGUUUUUAUCAUUAUAAAUAUAAUAGUAAACAAUUUCCACCAAUUUUACAUUAUUUUAUAUUAAAAAGAGAUAAAAUAAUGAUAUGCUUUUAGUCGAAUCAACAAAUCCAUCCGGCAUGAUAUUUAAAAAAAUAUUUAUAUAAUAUAUUUAUGAUUAAUGCAGACGUCAGUACAAUAAAUUUUGUCUAGUGUAAUAAACCUGAAAUUUCAUACUCGGAGCUUUUAAAUAACUAAUAGUUUGUCGGCAACGACUAUUUAAAA